UCCUCUCCUUUUCCUCUCCUCUUGGAUCGAUCUAGGGUUACAGUGGAGCCCUCCCAGGGACAACGAGGGACUUGCGUUGCAGAUGAAGAAGGAAGCCGGCCUUACUUUUCAGAGACUCGGCAACCUUCAAUGAGCUACUGGUUGGGAAGAGAAAACACCACAUUGGCUUUCUCCGUCGUGAAGAUCUCUCUUGUUCCAACAGCUGGUUCCCUGAGAAGGAACCAGCCUCUGGUUGCAAUUGAAGACCAAUUUUUGGCGACUAAAAAGUGUCAGUCCGAAGUUUCAAAGACAUACCCUCAAAACGUCUCGAUUCCGAUCGGAGUCAAACCCGCGAGUCUGGUCGAGGGUCACGAUGUCCGGUGUAGUUUUGACCCUCAGUGAAGGGGACGACGACGGGGACGUGACAGGGUUGUUGGCCGAUGAUGAAGACCAUGAAGAUUAUGAGGAGGGAUUUGGCCGUGGAAAAGGUAUUCCUAAGCGUUGGAGACGACCCCGAAAGCCAUACACUGUGGUACGGACGGGGACUUUGGGCAAUUUGAUGACCACUUUGCUCAUGUGCUUCGUGUUUUUCUCCAUGGGCUUCACGAAGUCACUCUUGGGUCAAGUGGAUACGCGAUCUGUCACGCAACUCAAUACAGCCAUCACGGGUGCCAUUGGAUAUUUAAUGGGAUUUGCCAUAGGUGGCUUUUUAUUGAGCAAGUUCAGUCGCUUCUUCAUGACUUUUCUGUCGCUCUUAGCCCUUGGAAUCUCUUUGAUGAUUGUGCCAUGGGUUCAAACGGUUUGGGCCCUGGAUGCUCUUCACUCUCUUAUUGGGGUGUCUUUGGCAAUGCUCAUGACCGCCGGCAAUGUAAUUUGCUUGGAGUUUUGGGGCAGGAGAUCCAAUCCUUACAUCACGACCUUGCACUUCUGCUUAAGUAUUGGUCUGCUGAUGGGGCCAAUCCUAGUAGGUCCUGUGUCCAAUACAAAGAUACCAACUAUAAUCAAAGACCAUUUGCCGGUGACGGCUACCAAGCAAACCAACAACAACAACAACAACAACAACAACAACAACAGCGGAAACUCAAAUAUGCUUCCCAAACACUUGGAUGUCCAUUUCCGGAACAAAAGAGCCAUCAUAGAAGAAUCAGACACCACCACUCUCGAUCCGGUUUUGAAAGAGUUGUUUGGAUCAGAGACAGACACAGUUCCAAGCCCUUCAAUGGGAGGUAUUGAUACGACUUCAAGCUCUUCUAGUACGACUACAGCUAUCAAAUCUUUACCAACCUCAUUACCAUCAUCCUCUACAAAGGCCCCAAAACACAAGCCCGUUUUUACGGAUGGCCGCAAAUUGGACAAUAGCCGAGAUUGGGAAGCUGUCAAGAUAGCCAAACCUCCUAUCGAAGAGUUGGAACCUCAAAACGACACGAAACCAUCACAAAAUCCCAAUGAGGAACUUGAGAACAUUUUGAACGGGAGUGCUGUUGAAAAUAUCGCAACUCAACUUGACUCUCUUGUGACAUCCACUGAAGCACUCAAUGAAUUUGAGAGAGAAGUCAAAGCUAUCGACGAAGAUAUCAAGAAGAGCGAUGAAUUGAUGGAAUUACUCAAUUCACCGUUAAUCCCUAAAGAACGAUCUAAACGAAGCAUAACGCGCAACAGAUUCGGAACCAACGGAGGAAUCUUUGAGCAACCGGAUCUCUACAAUUCCAUCAAAAUUAGACCCCCAGUUGUGCCAGUUCAACGAUAUCCAGAGGAACCAACUUGGCCAAGAGUCCCAAUGUCCAGAAAUGGAAUGAUGGAUUAUGACUAUGGACCCUUGAAUAUUGAUGACGGACCAUACGGAGGAAAUAGUCCAUAUUCCAUUAAUAACCCUUACCGAAAGCAAGAUUUUCCCACCAAAGCACCUCCAAAGAAGGUCGAGCAAGCAAUUGACACGGUCUUGAACUACAUGUCGGGCAAAUAUAACGAGAACGAAACCGAGACAUCAAGUGAAGGCAAAAAGAAAUCUAGCCUUCCGGAAGAGAAGCCACCUUCGACUACCAAACCUACAACGACCCGAACCACAACUAUGAUCACUUCAACCACAACAGGCCCAAAGUCAACCAAAAUCAUCUCAACCACGGCUACUUCAACUCCUCAGCCAACGCGAAAAGGUUUGAACACUUUCACAGUUUGGACUAAGAAGCCAGGAGGGCAUAGACAUAAGAAGCCCACUUCCUCUUUUGAUAAUGACUCGGAUACUCCCGAGGGCGGAAUCACCAUCUCCGGAAUGCUCGAAAACUAUGGGGUCGCUCAAAAGAAUGUCGGUUUCAUCCUGGACGGCGUUUACACUCUUUUUAUGGCCUUCAUCUUCUUUUUCUGUCUCUGUUACAACCCACGAGAGCCGAAAGCGCGUCAAGAAGAUUUGAAUGAGGAGCGAAACAAGGAGAGUUGCAUCUUCAAAUACUCUUUCACAGUUCUAUUGUUCUUCUUCAACUUGCUUCAUUGGGGGAUGUUUGUCACGCUUAUGGAUGUGACACCUCAUUUCGCCAAACUUGAGUCUUCUUCAUCCACUCUUCAACCCUUAGUGGUGGGUACAUUGGCUGGCACCCGUUUUAUCUCGAUGUUUACCUGUAGCUUCAUGAACCCAGCCUUCACUCUGUUCGGCUCGCUUCUUGUCAUGUUAAUUGGCAGCUUUAUGAUGAUCUUUACUCAACAGCUGCCCGCUCUGCCUAUGUGGGCUGGCAUCUUAUUGCAAGCUGCCGGGCUGGCCAAUCUGCUGCCCGCCUCGUUGGCCUGGAGUGAGGCCUAUGUCUCGAUGUCAAGCCAGGUGGUGGCCUUUAUAUGCUCCGGCCUAGCCUUGGGUGAGCUUCUUGUGCCCCAAAUGUUUGCCCAAUUAACGAGCGAGGCUCAGAAUUGGUUGGGCUUCACCAUGGUGGGCGCCUCCACUCUGACCUUCGGUUUGUAUAUUUGUGUUUUCCUUAUGGCACGAAAACAUGGCAGUCGAUUCAGUCGACCGCAGACCUCUGGAUAUGAAUUGGCCAAUCAAGAUGAGCUGAAUCAGGAACUCCUGGAUGAGGAUGAUGACUUUGAAAUAUCACAACCGACACUCAGAUUGAAUACCUCGGAUGAGACCGAAACCCUUAAUUUGCCUCUGCUCGGAGGAUUGAUAUAUCGCUCCUCGCUCGUAAUCACCGAGCACUUCACCCAAAACCCAAGGGCCAAAUGCGCAGGCGGAGCUUCGAGCAGCUCUCGGUUUGCCGUCGACCAAUCAGAGAGCGUUCCUGAGGCGACCAAGAAGAGCGGAGAUGCCGUCAAAUCUCGAAAUCCGACCCUCUCAAGCGGAGCUGGACAAGAUCUCAAUAACAGUGAUUGUUCUCCCUCCUGGUUAUGUGCUAACAUGUACACCGAUAUGAAUACCAAUGUGUAUGGUCUUCGAGGUCUAUUCGGGCCCACGCCCACCUCGCCAUAUCCUCAAGCUCAAUAUUUCCGCGGAAAUGGUUCCGAUAAGACGCCGAGUGCCAUCGCCUUCUAUAGUGGAUAUCCUGGAAUGCCCUUUAAUAGUCCAUUUGGUCCCGAGGCUGCACCGGUUCCUGGUGUCCAGGGCAAACGAGACCCAAAUGUUCUUGUCACGUUGGAGAACUCGGAACUAUGGACCGAGUUCCAUAAAAUUGGAACCGAGAUGAUCAUCACCAAAAUGGGAAGGCGCAUGUUCCCAACCUUGAAAACAACCGUUUCCGGAUUGAGUCCCGACAAGAAAUACUACAUCUUGUUGGACUUGACCUUAGCCGAUGAUUGUCGCUACAAAUAUACCGGGAAGGAGUGGGUUGUGGCGGGCAAGUCCGAACCUCAAGUGCCCGGACGCUUCUUUAUCCAUCCAGACUCUCCGGCCACUGGAACCCAAUGGAUGAAGCAUGAUAUCUCGUUUCAAAAAGUCAAGCUCACCAACAACAACUUGGAUCAGAACGGCCAUAUCAUUCUGACGUCUAUGCACAAGUAUGUGGCCAGGGUCCAUGUGGUUGAAGCCAAUGAUCUGAUUGGUCUCCAAUUUGGGGUGUUCAACACUUUUACUUUCCCAGAGACAGCCUUUCUAGGCGUGACUGCCUAUCAAAAUGAGCGGAUCACCCAACUGAAAAUCGAUAAUAAUCCAUUCGCCAAAGGAUUUCGUGAGAACGGCCAACUGCGAACCAAGCGAAAGAACUCGGCAGAAGAUGAUAACCCGGAAGAGGACAUGCCCCAACUCAGUAAGAAAGUCAAAACUGAGGAAAGUGAUGAAGAUGACGUCUUCUCAUCGUCAUCGCCAUGGCACCCACUUCAAACCAGUUCCCAGGACUCCAAACAGAGGCGUGUCACCGACUCUGGUCUGUCAUCCACAUCCUCGGCUGAAGAGCGCCAAACCCAGAAUUCUCCCAUGAUGAAGAGACUGGAACACGAAGCCAAAGUAAACCCCAUUAUGCCUACGCCACUCCCUCCUUAUGUGCCACCUACUUCGGGAGCGUUCUACCCGCCCUAUUCUCACCCAAGAUUGGAUUUCUAUUAUCAACAGCUGAUGGCCGCCAGAUAUCAACAAAUGAUCGCGCAUCAGCCUCACUUUCCGACCUCUCAUUUGUAUCCACAUCAUCAUUCAGGAAAUCAAAUUCCGGAAAGCCUGUCAAUGAACAGUUCUUCGUUAUCUCCUCGUCCAGGAUCAGCCACAUCGCGCACACCAACUCCCCCGGGAGGAUCAGGAUUCCCUUUGCCGCCCUUAGAUUUCCCGAAAUUUCCCGCCAGAUUUCCUUCAGCGUUGCCAGAUCAUUUUCCUCGAAUCAUUUUGCCGAAUUCUCCAGCCAAACUGUGACGUUAUUGUCGAAACCUUUAUGAUAUGAGUCAAAGUGAAAACAUAUGUUAAGAUGAUUUAUUGCCGCAACGAAUAAAGUCUUCCUGGUUUCUUCAUGAAGAUCUCAGCCUUA